UACAACAGUGGCUUCUAUGGGCACUUCAGAGGUCAAGUCAAGAGUGAAAGUGCUGGAGAAUAUCGCCUUGCAGCCAAGCCCCAGCCUCCUCCAGUGUUCCUGCGACGUUUUCAGGAGCCACCACAGCAGCACUUCUUCUCCAAGCAUGACAAUCGCACUUCCUUCGACAAAGGUCCCUACUGCCUGCUACAGGGAAUUGGAAGACGGAAAGACCUGAAGCGGCACCUGUGGCAACAGCACACCUUCCUGCGAUGGGCACCCUGUGAGCUGGAGUUGAGCAAGCAACGGCCUCUGGUAUCUUCCUACCAGACUGAUUUCCGACCAGGCUCAGAACUUGGUAUCCUCCCCCAGCGCCUUGUCCAUUUUAUGCAGGUCCAGCCUGCCUAUGGCGACACUACAUACAAGCAGAACUUCUGCCAGCCAUCCCGGGGUGGCCACUGUGGUAGCAAGGUAGGACCUCAAGCGCCAUUCACCGACACAUUGCCUGACCUCCCAGGGAUCCCAAGACCCAAGCUGCUUCAGCACUACCUUCACGCUGGGGUUUCUGAGUGUCUAAACUGGUCCCAUGCAUUAAAUAAGGAUAGCUGA